ACUACCUGGACCACCUGGUGCCCAGCAACGAGCAACGUAACCUUUGACCGCACGCACCGCCUUCCAUCGCCCCCAGUGAAAUGUCGCUGAAUCCGCAGUACGAGGACAUCGGCAAGGGAUUUGUGCAGCAGUACUAUGCGAUAUUCGACGACCCGGCGAAUCGGGCGAACGUGGUCAACUUCUUCAGCGCUACCGACUCAUUCAUGACCUUCGAAGGUCACCAAAUACAGGGUGCACCCAAGAUCCUCGAGAAAGUUCAGAGUCUGAGUUUUCAGAAGAUCACCCGAGUGAUAACCACAGUAUAUUAGCAGCCCACAUUCGACGGCGAAGUGCUGAUUAAUGUCCUCGGACGGCUACAGUGCGACGACGAUCCCCCGCACGCCUUCUUGCAGGUCUUCGUCCUGAAGGCCAACGCCGGCACCUUCUUCGUGGCCCACGACAUCUUCCGCCUGAACAUCCACAACUCUGCCUAGGAGCCCCCCACUCCGCUGGACGUGUGUCCAAAACUAUUUAUCCGCACCACUCAGCAACACACACACACUCAACCGACAUCCAAAGAUGCCCGGCCCCCAACGACAUCAACUGGCCGGCAGUGGAACUCAAUAGAAAAAUAAAACUAACAAUGCAAAGCAGAAGCAGCAGCAGCAGCGGUCUCACGUUUAUCAACAGAUGAAAAAAGCAACAGAAAAAAA